AUGCUAUUCAACUACACACGCCUCGAUGGAAAUUCCACUAACAUCGAUUGGUCCGGCAAAAUCAUAUGGGAGAAUGGCGACGAGUACAUUUCAAUACACUGCUCACUGAUCGGCGAAGACGGAGCAUGCGAUUCGUGGAGAGUAUACGUGUGGUCUGAUGAGGAUCACAUGGACCAGCCAACAAUUCAUGAAAUCUACAGGCAACUACAGGCAUUCUGUAUCGACCCGACUGAUCUGAUAUUCCUCAAUACUUUUCGUAAGUUCAUUAAAACCGUUUCCAAGUACAGAUUGUACCGCUUGCUGGGUACGACUGUUGAGGAAUAA